CUUAUGGUCGAAGGAAUCACGUAAACUGUGAAUCAGGUCUCUAGCAACCACUUCACGACUACUAAUGCGGCUCUGACUGGUAUGCGCAUGCGAAAAAUAGAGCAUAAUUGAGGACGCUUUCAGUCGCAGUUAGCAAGGUGGAUUUUCACCAGGACCGAUGUCUAGUUUUUAGAAUUCUAAGUAAAGGCCACGUCGAGUCAUUCUUGAUCCCGAUAGCUCAAAGCCAGAGAUCCCUAACUGCGAUCCAUCUGUGUUUUCCUUCACUUCCUUUGCAACAAUCUCCUCAUAAUUUUCAAUUGCCGUCAAUCAGCAAAACCUGACCCAGAAAACGGCAAGCUCAACCUUUCUUGUUCCCGCCAUGAAGCUAUUCUUCUCUGUUGCCACCACGGCCCUCCUGGCCGGAGGUGCCCGUGCCGUCAAUCUCCGUGCUGCUACCGCUCGUGAGGCCGCCGUCGAAGGCACUCAGUCAUCUUUUGCUUCUCAGGCCGCCUCCCAGCUCGCGAAGAAGAACAAGAGAAAGAAGGGCAAGAAGUACAGCCCUUCGUCGGACAGCGAUGACCCAAUCAUGCAUGGACAUCUACAAAUUGGCCAUGUUCUCGACGUUUCCUCGACCGAUGCCAAGGCCGAUAUGGACCUCAUCGAAAGCGCAUUUGUCAAUGCUUACAACAACGCCAAUCCCAAUGGCAAGUAUGAAGUCACGUCUAUGACCUUGGAGCGCGAAGUCGUCAUCCCCGAGGAUUUGGAGGCCACUCUGGCCAUUAUCAAGGGAGAGAACGUCGGACAAUUGCGUCCCGGAGUGUUCAUUGACUGGUACUACUUCUUUGGAUUCCACUGUCGCUUGUGCCGUGACGAUGACGACUACGCCGCUUUGUCCGCUACCGAGCUUCCCGUUCUCGAAGCGAGUGCUCACCGCGUCUUUGAAGACCAAUUCUGCCUCACACUCCACCAGAGUGGAUUGGAAGAAUAUUCGGCUCUCGCAGACUGCUCUAUCCUCUUUGACUACGAUGGAGACGGCAACGAUAUCGAUAGCGGCGAUCAGCUUGAGCUCCAGAAGAAGAACAAAAGAAAGAACAAGAAAAAGGGCAAGAAGAAGCAUGCCAACAAUGAUGAGGUCAUGGACGGCCGCCUCCUUAUUGGUCACGUGCUCGAUCUUUCCGACGUGGAUAGUCAAGCCGAAAUUGAACUCAUUCAGACCGCGUUUGUGGACUCCUACAAUGGAGCCAAUCCCGAAGGCAAGUACGAACUUACGUCCAUGAUUUUGGACCGCGAGCGCAUCAUUCCAGAAGACCUUGAGGGUGCCAUUGCUACCAUCAAGGGAGAGAACGUUGGGCAAUUACGUCCCGGAGUGUAUAUUGACUGGUACUACUUUUUUGGAUUCCACUGCCGCUUGUGUCGCGACGAUGACGACUAUGCUGCUUUGUCCGCUACUGAGCUUCCUACGCUCAGCGUGAGCGCUCACCGCAUUUUCGAAGAAAAGUUCUGUAUUUCCCUCAAAGACAGUGGUCUGACGGAAUACAGUGAAAUUUCAGAGUGCAGCAUUAUCUUUGGCGGAGACAGCACCUACGAGAACAUCAUCGAGGAAAAGAAGCAAAUGCUGAUUUAGUACGUAAAAGAGUUGUCACUGCAGUGAAUACUGAAGCAUGGAA